GUUCUCGCUGGUAGUUCGUUUUGACACAUGGGAAAUUCUCAUGCCGCAAGAAAAUGCAUUUCCGAAGAGAUCGCUGAGUACCUGGAAACAGCAAAGCGCAACUACUUAGAAAAUUAUGAACAUCCUGUUAAAAAACCAGCGUCUUUAGAUGAAUUUAAACAACUGCGAACCUUGGGCACAGGGUCUUUUGGUCGGGUUAUGCUUGUACAGCAUAAAAAGACAUCCAACUUUUUCGCGUUAAAAAUCCUUGACAAAGCAAAAAUAAUUAAACUUAAACAAGUUCAACAUACGCUUAAUGAGAAGAGGAUUUUACAAGCGAUCGAUUUUCCUUUCCUAAUUCGGCUGGAAUAUAGUUUCAAGAAUGAAGUUUACUUGUUUUUAGGACUAGAAUACGUCUCUGGAGGUGAAAUGUUUUCUUAUCUGCGAAGAAAGGGCCGAUUUAGUGAGUCUGCAGCGCGUUUUUACGCAAGCCAGGUCAUAUUAGCUCUCGAAUACCUGCACUAUCUUGACUUGAUAUAUCGAGAUCUGAAACCAGAAAAUAUACUUUUGGACCCAGCCGGAUAUAUAAAGAUUGCUGACUUUGGCUUUGUUAAACACGUGAAAUAUCGAACAUACACACUGUGUGGUACUCCUGAAUAUUUAGCUCCAGAAAUUAUUCAAAGUAAAGGUUAUACAAAAGCUGUCGACUGGUGGGCAACUGGUGUAUUAAUUUAUGAAAUGGUAGCUGGUCAUCCACCGUUUUUUGCAGAUGAACCAAUAGAAAUUUAUGAACGUAUAGUUAUCGGGAAAGUAACAGCUCCUCUGAUACCCAAUUGUAAAGGACCUGGUGAUGCAACAAAUUUUGAAAGAUAUCGAGAAGAACCAUUGAAAAAAAGUAAAAUUAAUAAAUUCGAAGCAGAAUUCGCUGAUUUUUAAAUUGAAUAGAGAAAAAAAUAAACAAAUUAAAGAAUUUAUUUUUUCAUCGAAAAUUUAAAUUCUAUUCUUUCUUUUUUACCACAACUUAUUAUUAAAAUACAAAUUGAAUAAGAAACAUAAGGAAUAGGCAUGUUUUGACUUAUUUGCUCAUAUAAUUUUCCUUUGGUUUUCUACUACGAUAGCGUAUAUUUAUUUGUUUGUUUAUCUUUUGGAAUUUCGUUUCAUUAUUUUUUUUUUCAUAUUAUUGUUUCUUUGUUGGUGGUGUUCAUUGUGUUAUUUUUUAAUAUUAUCUAACAAUUAUUUAAUGACAUUGUCAAUUAUUUGUCAAUAUUUUGCAACCACACAAUUAUAAAAACUGAAAGACAGAAGAUGAAUAAGACAAGAUUAUUGCUCGUCAUUUCAAAUAAUCAUAAAAUAUUCGUGAUAACACAACAAUAUUAGUUCUAACAUUACAAAUGGAUAUACAUAUAGAUAUAUGGAUAAAUAUCACCUUAUAUCCUUAAUUAAAAUACACUUUACCUGAGAAUGUGUAUGAUUUAGCCUCUGUUAUGCGCCUGAUUGCUUUUCUUUUAUUUGUAUCAGAUUAAAAUGAUCAUUUAAUUGAAAUUAAUUGUAAACAGUUGAGUAUGGAGACAUUCACUGCCUUAUUACUGUAUGUAUGUCUUCAGCCUAUUAUUUAUUUAGUAAAAUAAUUGCAAUUAUAAUAAGAAGUAAAAAAUAAAAAUAAAACAGCAUACUUAAACAUUAAAAUUAUUUAAAUCAAUUUUCUGUUCUGGGUUUUUUCAUUGCUUGUAUACCUUAAUGCUUGGAGAAGAAUAAAACAUAAAAUUCUAUGUAAAAAGGUUAAAAGUAAAUUAAAUAAUAUCUCUAUAAAAGAAUUGUUUACAUUAAUCUAUGGAAUAAAACUUGGCACAUAUAUUGGUUAUUAGUUUUACAAAAAUAAUCCUUUAUAAAAUAAUAAAAACUAUGAUGACUUAGUUGUUGUUUCGAAUUGUAACGAUUUUAUAAUUCAUCAGCAUUGGAGUUGUUGUAUUCUCUGAUUUCAAGAGAAAAUGCAACAUUUUUUAAGUUUCCUUCUUGAUCUACAAAUCUUUAUCCUCUUUAAGUUACUUGUAACCCAUUUUGUGUUACCAUUAGUUAACUAAUUUCAUCAGAGUUUACCAUUAGCAACCCGAGAUUUAAAGUUUUAUGUGAGAUCUAUAUUUAGUCAAUUUUAAAAUAUUAUCCAAUUGUUAUUUAAUUAGAUUGCUAACAUUUUAAAUGACUGUUAGAAAUCUUUAAUAAUUGGAGCAAUAUGUCAAUGAAAAGUUAGCCAUUCAGGUAAAUCUAAAUUUCAUAAUAGAACCGGAAACUGUUGUGUGGCCUAUUUUGAUUUUUAAUAAACAGAGCUUAAAUCUUUUUUCUUGUCUUCUUUAAAAUGACAAAGGAAACUAAGUGUGUGAAAUGAGGUAGAUAAUUGCAAGACAUAUCAGUUAUGUAGGACGAUAAUAUAUCAGUCAUACCAUAAAUAACACUAAAUAUUUAAACAUAGUUCAUGUGAAAUAAUGGAGUAACUCCUUAAUGUAUAAGGACAAAAAUCGACUAAAAAAAACGUUAGAAGUAAACAUCACUUCAUGUUAAUAGUGCUUGAAGGAACCGUUACUAUUUUAAAUUAAUUUGAACUCCUGGUCAAAAGUUUUGGGAUUCUAAAAACCCUUUUAGCUGUCUUCGCUUAUUUUAUAUUUCAAUGCCAUUAUUCUUGAUUACAAAUUUCAUCAUUUAACUUCAUUUUGGUCAAUUUUUUUCAAACUAGCUCUAACUUCGAUUUUGAACUAGAUAUUUAGUUAUAAAUACAUUUGACUUAAACUGUACAACAAGCUAAUUUCGAUGUACAUAAUGGAUAAGUAUUGUGUAUUUGUAAAAUUAAACAUUCAUACAUAAAUACAUCAUUACAUAAAAGGAUGAGACUGAAGAAUUGUUAAUGAAAAUUUAAAAAGAAUCAACGCCAAACAUAUUUAUUUAUUUAUUCCAAUGUAGCAUAAUCAAAUCAAUCUAUGCACUAAAAACCAUUAAAUUCGUGUAACGUUUUGAAAUAAACCAGUAAAAAUUCUUAGAAAUAAUCAUGUCAAUUUAAUGUUCUAAUACUACACGAUCUGAGUCAGUGAGCUAGAAACCUGGGACCCAGGUCUCAUGCUAUUUGAUACCCAUUUAAAGAAAAUCAUACGUUUUUUGACGACUUCAGGUAGGCUAUUUUGACGAGUACCAGCUAAGACUAAACCUAAAUUCUAUGUUUUCUGCUAAUUGUCUCCAACUAUAUAGAUCCAAAAAGUAGUGCACGCAAUGUCCAGUCACUUCGAGUGGUGAUCACAUAGCAACCAUGUCGAUUGAAUUUAGUCAAUAUUAUACCUAAGAAUAAAAUACUUAGUAACCAAAUGUCGUCUAACAUUUUGUGAAACACCAUAUAUAUAUCAAAGGAUAUAAGUGACAUUCCAUUGAUCACCUAGUACUCAAGCGUCUCAUUUUCAUAAGAUUUUUCGGCAUUCCAAAUAGCUCGACUGUAAAUCUUUGAUAGUGUCAUUGAAUUAUUUGGAUUCAAAUCCUACUAGGAGUAUCAGUUCCCACUACAUUUCAAAUACGCAUUGCUGGAGACGAUCAAGGCUUCCUCCUGAUCACAUCUUAUUACAAUCUAAUACUAAUAAUGAAAAAUUACAAGCUGAGUACUAUGAACUUAUUAUGUGUUGUUUUUUACUAAAUGAUUUAACUCAGAUCUAUAUUCUUUCAUAGUCUUUAGAUUUUAUUGUAUUACGAAUUUUUUUAUUUUGCUGACGCUUAAUAGUCAACUCUCCAUUUUCAUUCAACUGUGUUUAUUCAGCUUUAGGAAUAUCUUAGGCUAAACAUUUUAGCUCUAUUUUGCAGCAAAGGUUUUAACCAGAAGUCAAACUCAUAAAAUCACAUUGAAAACAUAUGGUUUACAAAGUCAUGGAAUUCGAUUCCUAAGAACGAGAUAAGCAGAAAUUUCGGGUCACAUAAAAGUCUAUAUAUUUAAUCAGAGUUAAUAAUUUCAUAACCACCUUAAACGAUACACUACUGUUUAAAAAUGUUAGUUGGAAUGAAAAAAAAACACCAUUACGUAUCUCAUUCAAUUAUCACUUUACGUUAUUUUUGGUUUGCUGUUUUGUCUUUUAUGUAUAUGUCACCUACGGACAGUUAUUUUUCGGCAAGCGAUAUUUCUAAUAUGUUGUUAUUUUUCAUUAUAGUGAUUAAGUCGAUGUCUGACUUAUAAGAUAGAUUUUACCAUUAAUUUAUAAGACAAACCUUGCAUUUCACUUACAUUUUUAAAUAGUCAUUCAGCUUAUGUUUGAAGAAAUAACUGGUUGGUAUUUGAUCAAACUGAUAAUGUUGUAAUUAAUUUUUCAGCGAAUACUAAUUGCGAGGUAAGCUAACGGUGAAGUAUUUAUUCAGUUGAUUUUAUCUUAGUCGAAAACUGUACAGUUGUUUUUUUCUGAUAAAAAAAUAGCAAUCAUUUUGACAUUUUUCAUAGCGGAGAAGUCAGUAAAUUUAACUAAUUACUAUCUAUUCAUCUGCCUCAAGUGUGAAUAAGGUUAUUGAAAUAGCUUUCUACUGAGUAGUUUAGUUACUCUGAAUGUUAAUUAAAAAUAGACAUAGUCGUUUGCUUUGAUCAUUUGCUUGGAGUUUGUUAAGCUCUCAAAAUUAGCACAUUGUAAGACAACAAACAAACUCUUUAUUUGUUUACAGCAAUCAUGAAUGAAUCUAAAGGUUUAACAACUGAAUUAAAGGCUCUACAGAAACAUUUUGGUUAUCAUAGUUCAAAUAACUUUAUUUCGUGUAUUAUGAAUCCAUCUUAAGUAUUUAUUCAAAUAAUUCUUAGACGGAUUUGUACAGUAAAUUGUACGAAUUACGCCUGAUAGUUGACAUGACCUCCAAAUUAAUGUUGGAACACUUGAAAUUUAGUAGGAAGUAAGAAAUCAGACUGUAUCACGCUGUAACCCUGAUCUCUAGCUUAUAAAACGCCGUUCAUUUCAACAAAAGUGUCAUGUUUAAUAAAAGUCGCUUUGAACAUGUUAAAAUGUAGAAACCUUAUAUCAGUAUCUGUAAUACUACAUAUAUUCAGUUGCUAACAUUGGCAUUAUUUACUACCAUAUGAGUGACAGGAUAAACAAAACGAAUUAGGUAUUUACACUUUUUAUUAGAAUUUUGUAUAGUAUCUUUUGAUGUCGUUAGAUAAUUUUCAGGAGACAAUGAUAUACAUAAAUUUAUAUAAAUAUACAUAUGUAAAUGUAUUUUGCGUAUAAAGUGAUCGUAUAGAUACUUUACUAUACCUUAUUAUGCUGUACAGUGUUAACCUUCAAUCACUUUAGUGAUCAGUGACUAUAGUACUUCAAACUUCUUAUUCACUUAUGUCUGUUGGGAAAUGCAUGAAAGCAAGGAAGUCAUAUGUUAUACAAAAUAUGGUUUUUAAUGGAUAGGUUCUGCACUAUACAAUGAUGCUUCAUUCCAACAAAUAAGGCAAUGGUUGGCAUCAAGUUUAUAUCACAGCGAAAAAGUCAACUUAGUUCAUUCAAAUGAUUUAUCUAUUGACGCCUAAACAUUACAGUUGCACUUCAGUGAGUUAUAUGUAGCUCUUCAGGGUUACUGCCGGUCCUAAAAUUGGACAAAAGGAGAGAGCUUGGCAUGAAAUCUGCAACCCCAUGUCCCAGAAAACAACCUUGAUAAAAAAGCGCUAGUCAGAAUAAACGAGCGAAACCGCUUAGACUGUGCCCUCCGAGUUAGAGGAUUUUCUUUCAGAAGAAUUCUGACGCCUCAUGGUGAAAGUAACUCCGCCUGUAGCUCUUCUAGAGUUACUGCCGGUCCCAAGCCCGGAUAAAGGAGGAGGGUUGGGCAUGGGGUUAGCGUCCCCACCCCGUAGAAAACUAACUCGCUAAAAAACGCUUACCAGAAAAAAUAAUCCAAACCAUUUUAACUCUGUCCUGGGAGUUAGAAGGUUUUCAUUUAGAAGAAUUAUGACACUUCAUGGUGAAAGCCAAGUUCCUUCGGAAGCCACGAGGCCGAUGCCUCUUCUAACAACCAGAGCAAACAUUUUUGUAGGUACAUGGAACGUACGAACAAUGUGGGAGACCAGGAAGACCAGGCUAAUAGCAACGGGAAUGAGGAGAUACAACUUAGCAGUACUGGGAAUCAGCGAAACCCACUGGACCUAAGUUGGACAGAAAAGGCUAGCUACGGGAGAGAUGCUGCUAUACUCCGGUCACGAAGAGAACAAUGCUCCACACACUCAGGGAGUCGCUCUUAUGCUGUCCAAAGUAGCACGAAUUGCACUUGUAGGAUGGGAAUCUCACGGAUCCAGAAUCAUCAAAGCAUCAUUCAAAACAAAGAAGGAGGGGAUCUUAAUGAAUAUUAUCCAAUGUUAAGCACCCACAAAUGAUAGCAACGUCGACAUUUAAAUCAAUUCUACGAGCGGCUGCAGUCAAUCAUUGAGAAAUGCCCAAGAAAGGACCUCACCAUUCUGAUGGGAGAUCUAAAUGCCAAAGUCGGAAUAGCCAACACUGGAUAUGAAGAUAUUAUGGGAUGACAUGGACUGGGAGAAAGAAACGAAAAUGGAGAAAGAUUUGCAAAUCUAUGUGCAUUCAACAAAUUGGUCAUAGGAGGCACAAUAUUUCCACACAAGAGUAUACACAUGGCUACAUGGAUCUCACCGGACCACACUACAGAGAACCAGAUAGAUCAUAUUUGCAUCAAUAAAAAAAUUCCUAAGAACAAUGGAAAACGUGAGGAGCAGGAUAGAAGUUGACAUAGCCUCAGAUCAACUUCUAAUUGUGGUCAAUUUAAAACUGAAGCUAAAAAAGAAUUGGACAACUGGACAGACAGCAACACAAAAGUUCAAUACGGCCUUCCUUCGAGAUACUGACAAACUCAAUGAAUUCAAGAUAGCUCUCAACAACAGGUUCCAAGCCUUACAAGAUCUACUGAAGGAAGAAGAAACUACUAUGGAGAACAACUAGAGAGGCAUCAAAGAAGCAUUAACUUCGACGUGUCAAGAGGUUCUGGGUGUAAAGAAAUACCAUCAUAAGUAAUGGAUCUCUAGAGGAACACUGGGCAAGAUCAUCGUCGAACAAUCAGUUGAGUGGAACUCAUCACCAUACAUCAACUUCAUCGAUUAUGAAAAAGCAUUCGACAGUGUAGAUAGGAGAACAUUAUGGAAACUUCUUCGACACUACGGAGUUCCUGAGAAGAUUGUCAACAUUAUCCGGAACUCAUACGACGGACUACAUUGUAAAGUCGUGCAUGGAGGACAGCUGACAGACGCAUUCCAAGUAAAGACCGGAGUCAGACAAGUCUGUUUACUCUCUCCCUUCCUCUUUCUUCUGGUGGUCGAUCGGAUUAUGAAGACCUCGACAUCUGAAGGAAAACACGGAAUUCAAUGGACAGCUCGAAAUCAAUUAGACGAUUUGGACUUCGCAGAUGACCUAGCCCUCCUAU